AUGAAACUGCCACAAAGCUUUGAGCUUUACGCAAAAGGCAGUAGUCACAUUGCUAUCGGUAUUCCAAACACAUUGGAAGAAGAUUUUCACUCCGAGGAACAAAUUUCCAUCGUUAACAGGCAUCCAGUCAAAUAUUUGAAACUGGAAAACAUCAUUGACAAGACUCCAGUCAAGAAUGUUCAUGCUGAUUAUGAAGACGUUUAUUGUAUUGACAUUAACAAACAACCAGCAUUUUACCAUCCUUUACUAAAAGAUCACAAGUUGCAGAGGAAACCUAGUUUUCAAAAAUCAACUGGAAAAAGAAGUGGAAACAAAGCAGCUAGAACUAUAUUUGGACUCAAGAAAAAAUGUCCAAGAGGAACAGUUCCUAUUCAAAGAGCAGCAAAGAGUGAUCUGAUAUCAGAAAAAAAUUUGUUAAAUUUUCAUACCAUGACUCAAGAAAACCCUGGUACUCAUCUUGCAGAAGUAUCACUUUUACACUCUCAUGGUCCUUAUUAUGGUGUGGGUGGAUUAAGCAGUGUGUAUAAUCCAAAAGUUGAGAAGAAUCAAAUCAGUGCUGCUCAUAUAUGGAUUCAGAAUGGACCAUCAGACACCAGCAACAGAAUCACAGCGGGAUGGCAUGUGGCUCCAGCACUAUAUGGUGAUUUUGCAACACAUUUUUUUUCAGCAUGGACGUCAGAUAAUUUUCACAAGACAGGGUGCUACAACAUGCGGUGUAGAGGGUUUGUUCAGGUGAACAGAAAGGUUUACAUUGGUGCUCCGGCCAAUAAAACAUCUACAUAUGGUGGUCCAACUGUGGAGGCUCAAUUUUCUAUUGUGCGGGACAUAGAAUCGAAUAACUGGUGGUUAAGUGUAGAUGAUAUGACAAUUGGGUAUUUUCCAGCUGCAUUAUUCUCAAACCUGGGUUCAGGGGAUGAAGUAGGGUGGGGUGGGAGAUCAAGAAGCUCUCCUGGUACUCCUACUCCUCCAAUGGGAUCUGGCCAUUUUCCUGAAGAUAAAUUUACUCCUUCUCAUGCUUCUUAUUUUAGGCUUCUCACCUUCCAAGAUGAAGCAAGAAGAAAUCAAGGGCCUCAUCAAGCUAUGUCACAGGCAGUCACUGACAAUGCUAAUUGUUUUGGUGUUAAGUAUUAUGGAGAUCAAGAUGUUCUUGGAUAUUCUAUUCUAUUUGGAGGACCAGCCGUAUUUGCUUUGCGCACCCUUUCCGCGAUGCACAUCAAGGAGAUUUGCUUGGAAGGGUUCAAGUCCUACGCGACGCGCACCGUGGUUCCGGGCUUCGACCCCUUCUUCAACGCUAUCACCGGCUUGAAUGGUUCAGGCAAAUCGAACAUUCUCGAUUCCAUCUGCUUCGUUCUCGGCAUCACCAAUUUACAGCAGGUUAGGGCUUCCAACCUCCAGGAACUCGUCUACAAGCAGGGCCAGGCCGGAAUCACCAAGGCCACAGUCUCCAUCGUCUUCGACAAUUCCGAUCGGUCGCGGAGCCCUCUUGGGUAUGAAGGCCAUUCCGAGAUCACAGUCACAAGACAGAUUGUGGUUGGGGGCAGAAACAAAUAUUUGAUCAAUGGGAAGCUUGCACAGCCUAGUCAAGUUCAGAAUCUUUUUCAUUCAGUGCAGCUAAAUGUUAAUAAUCCACAUUUCCUUAUAAUGCAAGGGCGCAUCACUAAGGUUUUGAAUAUGAAACCACCAGAGAUAUUGUCUAUGCUUGAGGAAGCUGCAGGGACGAGAAUGUACGAGACAAAGAAAGAGGCUGCUCUAAAAACACUUGAGAAGAAGCAGAGCAAGGUUGAUGAGAUUAACAAGCUUCUUGACCAGGAGAUACUGCCUGCUCUUGAGAAGUUAAGGAAAGAAAAGACACAGUACAUGCAAUGGGCUAAUGGCAAUGCUGAAUUAGAUAGGCUGAGAAGGUUCGUUAUUGCUUUUGAGUAUGUUCGAGCGGAGAGGAUUAAAGACAGUGCUGCUUCUGAGGUGGAAGAAGUGAAAGCCAAGAUAGCUGAGAUUGAUGAUGUUGCUAAGACAAAUCAGGCGGAAAUAAAGGAAAUGGAGGCCAAAAUAGCUCAGUUGACUGCUAAAAAGGAAGCAGACAUGGGUGGAGAAUUGAAAUCUCUCUCAGAGAAGGUAGAUGCACUUUCCCAGAAUCUUGUGCGGGAAACGUCUGUAUUAAAUAACAAAGAAGACAAUUUGAGGGGUGAAGAAGCCAACAAGGCAAAUAUUGUUAAAAACAUUGAAGAAUUGAAGCAAUCUGUAAAAGAGAAGGCAUCUGCUGUUCAAAAGGCUGAAGAGGGGGCAGCAGAUCUGAAAAACACAGUUGACGAGCUUACAAAGAGUCUAGAGGAACAUGAAAAAGAAUACCAGGGUGUUUUAGCUGGCAAGAGCAGUGGUAAUGAAGAGAAGUGCUUAGAGGAUCAACUAAGGGAUGCAAAGGAAGCAGUUGGGAGUGCUGAAACAGAAUUGAAACAGCUGAAAGCCAAAAUUAGCCAUUGUGAAAAGGAACUGAAGGAGAAAACAAAUCAAUUAAGGUCAAAACGUGAAGAAGCUAAUGCGGUCGAAAAAGAGCUCAACUCUAGACAAAAAGAUGUGGAAAAUAUUAGAAAAGAGUUGGAGUCUCUUUCUUAUAAAGAGGGUGAGAUGGAGGAUUUACAAAAGGAACGUAUGACUGAGAUGAACUGUGUGCAAAAGUGGAGGGAUGAAAUACGCAAUCUUUCAGCAUAUCUGGCAAAUGUUGAAUUUACAUACCGUGACCCUGUCAAGAACUUUGAUAGGUCGAAGGUGAAAGGAGUUGUUGCAAAACUAAUCAAAGUAAAGGAUAGGUCCACAAUGACUGCCCUAGAGGUUACAGCUGGUGGAAAGUUAUAUAAUGUUGUUGUUGACACCGAAAAUACUGGAAAACAACUACUACAAAAUGGCAAUCUUAGAAGAAGAGUGACGAUUAUACCUUUGAACAAAAUACAAUCCCAUUCUGUUCCCUCCAGAAUUCAGCAAGCUGCUGUUAGAUUGGUGGGCAAGGGGAAUGCUGAAGUAGCUCUUUCUUUGGUUGGUUAUGAAGAAGAAUUGAAGAGUGCUAUGGAAUAUGUAUUCGGUUCAACAUUUGUCUGCAAAACUAUUGAUGCAGCAAAGGAGUAUUCGGCUAUUGUUGCAUUUAAUAGGGAGAUUCACACUACAAGUGUCACUCUUGAAGGAGAUAUAUUUCAGCCAAGGGGUCUUCUGACUGGUGGCAGCAGGAAGGGAAGUGGUGAUCUAUUGGGGCAACUUCAUGCUUUGGCUGAGGCUGAGGCCAAACUUUUAAUGCAUCAAAGAAGGUUGUCAGAGAUUGAGGGAAAGAUCUCAAAGCUCCUUCCACUUCAGAAAAAAUUUCUAGAUCUCAAAGCACAAUUAGAACUGAAGUCAUACGACCUUUCCUUGUUUCAGAGCAGAGCUGAGCAAAAUGAGCAUCAUAAGCUUGGAGAAUCAGUGAAGAAGAUUGAGCAAGAGUUAAAUGAAGCAAAAUCAACUGUCAAGGAAAAACAACUUUUGUAUGAGGACUGUGUCAAAACUGUUUCAUCUCUCGAGAAAUCAAUAAAAGACCAUGAUAAAAACAGAGGCAGUAGACUUAAAGGAUUGGAGAAAAAGAUAAAAUCCAUAAAAUCUCAAAUGCAGUCAUCAUUAAAAGAUUUGAAGGGGCAUGAUAGUGAAAGGGAGAGGCUUGUAAUGGAGAUGGAAGCUGUUAUCCAGGAGCAAGCAUCUUUGGAGAAUCAGUUAGCAUCAUUGGCAAUGCUGAGUAGCAAUCUUGCCUCAGAAGUAGAAGAACAAAGAACCACAGUUGUUGCUGCACGGAAUAAUCUUGAUCAAUUUCAGUCUGAGUUGAAAUCAGUUCGUCUGAAAAUGAAAGAAUGUGAUGAGGAAAUCAGUGCUAUUAUUAAAGAGCAACAAAAGCUUGAACAUAAAAUUAGUGAGAGUAAUCUAGAAAGGAAGAGGAUGGAAAAUGAGGUAAAACGAAUGGAGAUGGAACAAAAAGACUGCUCCGUUAGAGUAGAUAAACUAAUUGAGAAGCAUGCAUGGAUUGCUUCUGAAAAACAAUUGUUUGGUAGAAGUGGGACUGAUUAUGAUUUUUCUUCUUGUGAUCCAAGUAAAUCAAGGGAAGAACUUGAGAAGCUUCAGACUGAGCAAUCGGGGCUUGAGAAAAGGGUGAACAAGAAAGUGAUGGCAAUGUUUGAGAAGGCAGAGGACGAGUACAAUGAUUUGAUGUCCAAAAAAAACAUAAUUGAGAAUGACAAAUCCAAAAUAAAGAAGGUGAUUGAAGAGCUAGAUGAGAAGAAGAAGGAGACACUAAAUGUUACUUGGAUCAAAGUGAAUAAUGACUUUGGAUCCAUCUUUUCUACAUUAUUACCGGGAACAAUGGCUAAGCUAGAACCUCCAGAAGGAUGUAGCUUCCUUGAUGGCCUUGAGGUUCGUGUUGCAUUUGGAAGUGUGUGGAAGCAGUCAUUGUCUGAAUUAAGUGGAGGUCAGCGAUCACUGCUCGCACUUUCUCUGAUUCUGGCACUGCUUCUGUUCAAACCUGCUCCACUUUACAUCCUUGACGAGGUUGAUGCAGCUCUUGAUUUGAGCCACACACAAAACAUAGGAAGAAUGAUAAAGGCUCACUUUCCACACUCUCAGUUUAUUGUGGUUUCCUUGAAGGAAGGCAUGUUCAAUAACGCAAAUGUUCUUUUCCGGACAAAAUUUGUGGAUGGUGUUUCAACUGUUCAGCGAACUGUUGCAUCUAAACAAAGCAAAUGA